AUGUUUCACUUUAUCCAUCCGUUCACUGCUAUUGUGGCAGGACCAAGUGGGUGUGGGAAGUCAAAUUUUGUAACAAAUUUCAUAAAAUCAGUUACAGAAAUAUGUAAUUGUGAUUUUAAUCAGAUCACAUGGUGCUUUGAUGAAAUGCAACCAUUAUAUAAUUUACCAAAUGUUAACUAUCAUCAAGGAAUUCCAAAUCUUAAUAUGUUUGAUGGUGAAAACCCACAUCUUGUUAUUAUUGAUGAUCUAAUGAGAGAGUCCGAUGGAAGAAUUGUGGAUAUAUUUACAAAAGGUAGUCAUCACAGGAAUCUUAGUGCCUACAGGGAUGCAACUCUAGAGGCGCAUGGAUAUUUAAUGGUAGAUUUAAAACAGAAUACCAAUGAUUUUUGUCGUAUCAAGACAAAUGUCUUUCCAUUUAAUGGUUUCUGUACAGUCUACGUCCCCACAAAAGAGUUUAAAUACACUAAGAAUCAAACAAUUGAAAUCAUUGCUAAAUGA